GUCGACAGAGUAACUGGAGGGUGAGACACUUGAGCGCUCCGACGUCGCGCACCCCAACGGCGAUGACUCAUAUGAGGUGCACCGUGCACGAUGAAGGAGGAAUAAAAAAAACUUCAUGGUCCGAAUCUACCUCUUUCAUCCGGCAGGCAAGAGCCACAGGGUUGUUUCGCGCGGGGUGAUAAUCGCUCACUUUUUUGUUCCGUUUCUGUAGGCGCGAGUGUGCCGCGCAGGCUGCGGGUGGUUCAGAAAAGUUGAGAUUGUUGUGAUGUGGUGGUGAGCUGGAGAAGAGCAUAGGCGGGAGCUGAGAGUUUUAGGCGUCUUUCAGCAAGAGGCUUGCUGUGAGCGAUGGAGUUUCGAGGCAAAGGGUUGAGAGAGACUUAGUGUAUGGAGAAGGAAAUCGAACGGCAGCUGGAUUGGAUUACAGUUGAAAAGGCUUCAGUAGUAUUUUGAAGGUUCGAGAGAUGUGUCCACAGCCGUCCCUGCCGGUUGUGCCGGGGGAUUCUGCAGCCUCUCGCAGCAGUGACAGGAAUGAGAAGCCGAAGACUGCAAAGAAACCCGCAAUAGUAUUGGGUCCCAAAAAGCCUACUAGGAAACAUGCAUUGGCUCCGCGCCCUCCUGAUCCCGUCGCUCUUCAGCAUCCGAAGAGAGUCGACCAGAAGAGAACUCGAUGCACGAAAUGCGGGAGCACGAAACAUUCAACGGUGAAGUGUGUAGAGAAUUUGCAAAAGUGUACACGUUGUUCUGAUAUCAAUAAUACGCAACAAUGUCAAAUUGUUGUUAUGCGGACACGCCUGAUGAAAACUUUCCGCUCCAGGGGCGACCAUAGGCAAGUUCGGUCAACUCUGAAAAACCUAAGAAGAGACGGGCAUCGUCCCGCAAAAGAAACAUAUACUUUGUUGUUAAGUAGUCUUAUUAGUGAUGGGAGAUUAGGAGAAGGGCCACUCUUGCUUCAGCAAAUGGAGGAAGACAAUGUUAUUCCAGAUGCUAUCUUUUUCAACACAUUACUUAAUGGCUACUGUGAAGCUGGAAAGAUGAAAGAGGCAGAGGCUCUAGUACUUGAGAUGAAGGAACGAGGAUGCCCGUUGAUAACAAGCUCGUAUAACACAUUGAUCAAGGGGUAUGGGUUGGAUGGACAGCCGGAGGAAGCCAUGAAGUUACUACAGGAAAUGGCGAAGGAUGUCAAUUCGAAGCCGAAUGAUCGAACUUUCAACAUGCUUAUCAAGGCUUGGGCUCACGAUAAGAACCCAGAGAAAGCACGGAAUGUGAUAUCGAUGAUGCGGGCUGCCGGUGUCGGCCCUGAUGUCGUCUCGUACAACACUUUGGCACAGCUUUUUGCAAAACUUGGUAAGCCUUGGGACGCAGAAAACGUGAUUACGGAGAUGCAGAACGUGUACCUUAGACCGAAUGAGCGAACCUAUGGUAUCGUCAUCAACGGGUACAUUGCAGCUGGUCAAAUCGAUGAGUCUUUACGUUUAAUUGAGCGCAUGAAGAUGGACGGGAUUUCGCCAACUAUAGCAGUAUUUAAUCAUCUAGUGAAAGGUUACUCUGAAUCUAUGAAACCACAUAAAGUUGACAAGGUCUUUAAAUUGAUGGAAAAUUUUGGAGUUAAGCCGGACGUGCAGACGUUCGGCCUCAUUAUGAACGCUUGGUGCAGUACAGGCCUCAUUGACGAAGCCAAAGCUGUUCUACUUAGAAUGAAGGAAUAUGAUCUUCAACCGGACGUUAUGGCCUACUCAAUUCUUGUCAAAGGCUAUUCCCGUCAGGGAAGACCGGAAGAAGGAGAAGCCUUUUUAAAUAUCAUGAUCGACGAAAACCUUAAGCCGAAUGUAAUAACGUACACAACUGUGAUCAGUGGGUACUGCAGCCUGGCUCAAAUGGACGAUGCAAUGAGAGUGUUCCAGGAAAUGCGUUCUCGAAGUGUUUUUCCAAACAUGCAAACGUUUCGAACGCUUAUAUGGGGCUUCAAAGAAGCACGAUGGCCUCGACGUGCGGAAGAAAUACUAGAGUAUAUUAGAAAGGCAGGCUUCACCCCUGAUUUGGAGUGCAUUGAGCUGGUUGCCGAUUGUUGGCGGUCAAUUGGGGCAGAUGGGGAGGCCGACCGUGUUUUAGCAGGUACCAAUUCCAAGCUCAUCGAUGAUGCGAAUCAAGUAAGUGGGGAGAUCAGCAGACCUUCCAGUCCUGUUUUGACGAACAAAACUAAAUCUCCAGUAAACCGCGGCUCACCUAUCAACACCUCUGUGCAUUCCAACACACGUCGAGCUUCUUCAAAUUUGCCGAGGACCUCAACAUGGGGUGGUUACCGCUCAUCUGCACACUAUUAUGCGGCAUGGCUUUGGGCAAGGAGAGGGAGCUCCGUAAAGAUGCAGUGCACCAGUUCUAUUUCUUCGAAUGAUCUGUUUUUAAGUCGUCAGUCAAGUUCGAAAAUAGGCUAUGUCACAUCUGCUAGUAGUGGACUUGUUGGACUGACAUGCCGUCGCCCCUCUAAUUUAGAGUUGUGUACUAGAAAUCUGAGAAGGGUGUCUGGGGUAGUUAGCCAGGUUGGGCUGCAACGUCCGAGAUUGCGUACUUUUGUAUUUUAGUAGCACCUGUAUCAUGGCCAUCCUAGAGGCAGUAUUAACAAAUAGAGCUUGCAAAAUUACUACUUAGCAUUUCACUUCA